CAGAUGGAAUGAUGUCUAUACCAUACAUUAGGUAGUAGCUAGACACAACCAAGAAAAAAAGCCUGUGGUCUCCAUGUACUUUUUAAGAUAAAAUGGAUUUGAAAUCAUUGCAUAAGUUGGAUGCAUGGUCUCAGCACAUACCACUGCCUCGUGUAUUAGAUCUGGCUGUUGAAGUGUUAGAGUUCUGCCGCAAGAAAAACGUCAUAUCGCCUAACCAUUUGGAAGACAUUCUUCCGCUUUUAUCCUUUGCAUUGCCCCAUAAUGCUAAGGGAUGUUCCCAGCUUCUGCAAUCUCUUACUAUAAGCAGCUCAGUAUGGGAUAAGCUAGAACAAGGGUUGUCGAACAAGAAAUUUCUCCCAAUAGAAAUUACAAUCACACUCUACGAACAGUAUCCCUCUUCACUUGAAAAUGAGAUGCUGCGUGUCCUCACUCAGUAUGCAGAAGUUGUGUACACAGGUGAUUGGUGCAAAGAUGUGGUACUCAGCAUUGCUCACUUUAACUCGCAUCAUAAAUUUUCUGACAUGGAUCAGUCUCGUUACAAGAGUAUGAAGAACCAUUCUCCAUUUGAAGCUCAUCAGCAGAGAAAUAAAAUAAAUUUCUGGGCAGAGUCUCCAGUGAUAAAUGCUGCAGCCCGUAGCAAAUCUGUAUUUUCCUCAUGUUUAAAGCUUCUGUUUAAAAUUGUUGUAGAGACAAGAUAUUCAAUAAGUUCUGUAUUUGGAAGUAUGGACUAUUUUGAAGAACUUAAAAGUAAAAUGCACAGAGAAUUGCAUGAAUACUUCCCUUCAGAUAUACAACAUCUUGUAUACCUGUUAACAUUACCAGUAACCACGGGUCAAGGACUAAAAUACUUUGAAAACUAUUCUCAAGUAUUAGUUGUUCAGAAUUCCUUGUCAGAAGCUUUGCAAAGAGGUGAUGUUACUACUAUUCGUGUCUUACUGUGCUUCUUUCCUUAUUGGCUGCCAAUACUUGAACAAAACCAGUUUUUGGACAAAUAUGUAAGACAAGAGUGGUGUGAGCUUUCAAGUAUUUCUUGAUACAUAUACAGCAGGUUAGGUUCUGGGCUACCAUUGUAAAGUGAAACAGCCUUUUUUUUUUUCAAUUUGAAAUGUAUCUAAAAGCCUGAUAACAUGUUUACACUAUCAUAUAUUAAGUGAGCAGUAGAGCUAGGCCUAAAAAAUGCACAUACAGUACACACAUUACUUCUUCUUUUAACAAACCAGCCAUAUCCCACCAAAGCAGGGUGGCCCCAAAAAAACGAAAGUUUCUCUUUUUAAAUUUAGUAAUUUAUAUAGGAGAAGGGGCUACUAGCCCCUUGCUCCUGGCAUUUUAGUUGCCUCUUACAGCACACAUGGCUUACAGAGGAAGAAUUCUGUUCCACUUCCUUGUGGAGAUAAGAGGAAAUAAACAAGAAGAACGAGUAAGAAAAUAGAAGAAAACCCAGAGGGGUGUGUAUAUAUAUGCUUGUACACGUUUAGUGUGACCUAAGUGUAAGUAGAAGUAGCAAGAUGUACCUGAAAUCUUGCAUGUUUAUGAAACAGAGAAAAGACACCAGCAAUCCUUCCAUCAUGUAAAACAAGUAUGUACAGGCUUCCGUUUACACACUUGGCAGGAUGGUAGUACCUCCCUGGGCAGUUGCUAUCUACCAACCUACUACCUAGACACAUUACUUACCUUAAAAUAUUUUUGUACUUAGCUUAUAAUGAGUGAUGAAUAUAUUGUAGGUAGCCUUAAUAAAUGAAGAAUGAGUAUAAUUGAAAAAUCACUGUAUUAGUGAAAUGCUGUAAAGCUGGGGUCUAUGCUUUUCAGUGUGCUGAUUUGAAAAAUUGCUAAUUUUUAUAGUACAUAUCAAUACAUAGUUACAAAAUAAAUUGUUUUCAUCA